UCCAUCACCACGUUUCGCCCCAGAAUGCUUGCCACUCACCGACACUGAAGGAGGCGCAGAUGGGGCCUGCCUCCUAACUCCGGUUCACGGCCCCCUCCCAAAUCCCAAAUCGCAAACCCGCAUCUGUCGUGGCGACCGCGGAGUGUCGCCUCUGGGGGCGGAGCCCACCUUGGUCUCUCCUUAUUGGUUCUGGAUGGAAUUGCGGUGAAUGGAACAGAAGCCCAGCACGGUGGAGUGCCUGUCGGAGCCAGAGGACACCCGGUGGCCGGAUGGGAAACGUAAAAGAAAAAGCAGCCAAUGUUCGGUGAAAAGCAGUAUGUCAGGGUACAUCCCUAGCUACUUGGACAAAGAUGAGCAGUGCGUUGUUUGUGGAGACAAAGCCACGGGGUACCACUACCGAUGUAUUACCUGUGAAGGCUGCAAGGGCUUUUUCCGGCGGACCAUCCAGAAGAAUCUGCACCCGACAUACUCCUGCAAGUACGAUGCCUCCUGCGUCAUCGACAAGAUCACCCGCAACCAGUGCCAGCUUUGCCGAUUCAAGAAGUGCAUUGCCGUUGGCAUGGCCAUGGACUUGGUGCUGGAUGACUCCAAGAGGGUAGCCAAGCGGAAGCUGAUUGAAGAAAACCGGGAGAGGCGGCGCAAGGAAGAGAUGAUGAAAUCCCUUCAGCACAGGCCGGAGCCAACCACGGAGGAGUGGGAGCUGAUCCACAUCGCCACGGAGGCGCACCGCAGCACCAACGCCCAAGGCAGCCACUGGAAGCAGAAGCGGAAAUUCCUGCCCGAAGAUAUCGGUCAGUCACCUAUGGCCUCCAUGCCCGAUGGGGACAAAGUGGACUUGGAGGCGUUCAGCGAGUUUACGAAGAUCAUCACCCCCGCCAUCACCCGUGUGGUGGAUUUUGCCAAAAAACUGCCCAUGUUUUCAGAGCUGCCUUGUGAGGACCAGAUCAUCCUUCUGAAGGGCUGCUGCAUGGAGAUCAUGUCGCUGCGGGCGGCUGUGCGCUAUGACCCCGAGAGCGAGACGCUGACGCUAAGCGGCGAGAUGGCUGUCAAGCGGGAGCAGCUGAAGAACGGCGGCCUGGGCGUGGUGUCGGACGCCAUCUUUGAUCUGGGCAAGUCCCUCUCUGCCUUCAACCUGGACGACACCGAAGUGGCGCUGCUCCAGGCUGUGCUGCUCAUGUCCUCAGACCGCAGCGGGCUGAUCUGCGUCGACAAGAUUGAGAAAUGCCAAGAGACAUACCUGCUGGCAUUUGAACACUACAUCAACUAUCGCAAACACAACAUUCCCCACUUCUGGCCCAAGCUCCUCAUGAAGGUGACCGACCUGCGCAUGAUUGGAGCUUGCCACGCGAGCCGCUUCCUGCACAUGAAGGUGGAAUGCCCCACGGAGCUCUUCCCCCCGCUCUUCCUCGAGGUCUUCGAGGAUCAGGAAGUCUAAGGGGGGGAGGGGAGGGCAGACAGGGUGGCGUGGGAGAAUUGGGGAGAUGGGGCAGUUUGGGACUGGGGCGAUGUCUGGACUUCUGGGCCGCAGGGCCCCCCCCCCAACCUCAUCACCUCGGACACAACAGAUUUUCUUUUUUUGUUUUUGUUCUGUUUUGUUGUUUUCCUUUUUCUUUUUCGUUUUGUUUUUUCUAAAUAUUGCACGUCAGCGUCAGUGAAUCACAAGGAAGGGGAGGCAAGACAUCGUUGAUGGGGGUCGGGCCACCAAAAAAAAAACACAAAAGGUCGAAACUAUACAAAAGAAAACCCCACCUUCGUUAUGCGGUAGACUUGUGCAGCAGCCAAUACUUCUUUUUUUGUCUAGGCAGACAAACACAAAAAAUUAAGUGGGUAAUAUGUUUCUCACUCACCCACCCCCUGGUUUAUCUUUCUUCCUCCAAUACCCUUCUCUCCCAAAGCUGUCUUUCCAGGGUGAGACAUCUGUCUUAAAUCUUUUGACACAAUGUUAAGAAAAAUAAUCCAUAUUUUACUCCCCCCC